GCCCUGUCGCACUGUUGGCGCUUAGGUACUUUGUAUCGCAUCCGUUUACACUUCACUAACAAACAAAUAAUUCAUUCAACACUAUCCCGACUUGCACUUGGAUACAAGUCAAAACUCAAGGCUGAAUAAAAUGGAGAGCCCUCACGAGCAUCAGCAGAAUCUUCUGCUAUCGCGUAUCAUCACCAACGUUGAGAAACUCAACGAGUCUAUCGUCGUCAUGAACAAGAGUCUUCAAGAGAUCAACAUCCAGAACAUGAACAUUGAGCUCGUCGCUCAGAUGUUCAAGAAUUACCAGUCCAACGUGCUCUUCCAUCUAGAAGCUACGGACAAUCUAAAAGACCCUUCAUAGGAUGGCCUCUCUUUGAGUAGCUAUGAGGAUGAUGAGAGCAAAGCUAUCUGGCAGAUAGUAGAGUGAUGUUUUUGGCAGAUUAUAUGGACAUGCUGGUAUGAACUCGAGCAAGAUACCAGUAGUUAUUAGGAAGCUUUCUAUCUACUUAUAGGGAGACUCAUUGUUAUACUCAUAAAUUACGAGGCCCGCACAGCAAACUGAAUUCCUAAAGAGUAAUAGUGAAGACAUUCAUUAAUAAAUUCCCCGUCAAGUAAAAA